AUGCCAGUCACAAGAUCACAGAAGCAAGCCAUGACCAUCGCAUCAUCUAACCCACCACCGCAUCCAUCAAAACUGCGUACAGGAGCCGGCAGAAUCACCAAACCAGGCAAACCUACCCGCAAGCAAUAUCUCGACUACGACCCGGCACAGAACGCGCGGCGGCAGCGACUCGCGCCAAAGCUGCGAGUGAUGUUCGUACAGUUCCUUCUCAACAGACUCGAGACUCAAGGGAUCGCCGUAGAAGGACUCGGACGGGCCGAGCUACGAGAACAUAUCGCUGCCAUGUCCGAUAACUUUCUCAACAUUGCCGCCAAUCUCGAGCGAGACGAGCGAGAUGUCGAUGAUCUGGCGGAUGUUUUUGGCCAGAUCGUUGCACCGAGCGGCGCUGAUGUAGUCGAUAUGAUUGAUAUGCUGGACUCGACUUCAUUGCUUGGUGGUGCUACUACGGCGAUGGAUCAUGAUCGCGAUUCUGGAGAUAUUUCAGUGGUGUCUGAGAGUACCGACAAAUGGCGUAAAAAGGAGUGA